AUGAUUUCACUUGGAUUUAUAUAUCAUCGAAUGGUUUGUAAAGGGCAAACCUUUUUAUUACCACACACAACCACUCGAGAAAGAGGUAUUUUAAGAUUAAGGCCACAAGAAACAUUUCACCUUACAACAAUUGUAUUUAAUAUGCUAUAUUCUACUCCAGCUCUCAAAUUUAAAUCGAAAAUACCGGAUGGGGUGUCACGAAAGCAGCCAAAUAAAUUUAUUGUUGAUGCAAUUGGAUUUUUUGUAUUGAUUGCACCUUUUGCAACAUUAUUUCCAUUUGCCUGUUUAACUGGUUAUUGGGCAAAUGUAGAUUAUUCUUUAGCAUUAUUAUAUACAGAAGCUCAUUACAUAAUUUUGGCUUUAUGGGGUUUAAUUUUUUUAGGCUCUGUAAUAUAUUUUUGGUGUAAAUUAAUUUUUAUAAUAUGGAAUCGUAUUAUCGAAUUGAAGAAAAAGGAAUGUAAUGGAAGGUCAGAUAUAGGAUUAACCGUUUCAACUUUACAACAAGUUGCAAGAAAUUUAUGCCUCGCAUCAUUUGUUUUAGUUGUAGCAAUGUUGUUACAUAUCGUCACAGUCUUGUCGUAUUGUGCUAUUCACAAGGACAUGGCAUCAUUUAGCCCUAACGUUAACAUUGGUUUCAUGAUAGCUUGGGAUUGUACUAUACCAGUUGUCCAAAACAUAAUUCAAUGCAUCUUUCUAUACAAUUGUUUAAGGCCAAUGCCCAGACUUCCAAGUUCAUCAAUUAGUGAUACAUCUUCACCAAAUAGAUCGUAUAGACAAAGCUUUCGAAUUAGUCAAUUAUUUCCUAGAAGAGAUACUGAUAGACGAUCAUCAACAAUUUGUGAUGAAGAGGCCUCAACAACAGGUGGUGCUCGUGACUCUAUAAUAAAUUCACAGUCAAUUCAGCCUUUAACAAAUAUUAUCACUGAAAAACCAGUUGCAAAUCUGAAUCAUAUUGACAUGCAUCGAGAUAGUAAAACAAGCAUUAAAGCUAUUCAAGCUGAGGAAGUAAAACAUGAUUCAAUACAAUCAAUGAACAGUUUAAAAUCAAUAUCAAAAUCAUCAAAAUAUGGUAGCGUUAGAAAUAGCGCUAAAAAUUCAAUAUCAACACUUUCUGAUUUAAAUAUUCCACCAGAAGAAAAUGGUUUAGCAAUAUAUCCAAGUUCUUUGACACCAAGAAAUAGUUAUUGUUUAAAUCCUAAUCUUAAUCGGCUUUUACAACUCAAUCUAGAUGAAAUAACAUUAAAUAAUACUCUUCAACCUCCUCAUAUAUCUGAUUUUACAAGAAAAAAUCCUGGUUUGCGCCAUCACAGAAGUCAAGAUAGUUCAAUGGGUUAUAUUGCUGAAGAGAUAUUGGAUGACGAUCUAGAUAAUAGGCAACUCUAUAAUAGUAACAGUGAUCAAAAUAGUUAUAAUGAGAGUCGGCAUAGUGAAUUAGACGGCAGUUCGUCGGUUUCUUAUGACGCCUCAAGUUCAACGAUAAUAAGUCCUGAUGCGGCAGCAUUGGCCAAAGCUUCAUGGGCAAAAUCAGAGGAAGAUCUUGGUAUUUAUAAAGGAAGUAUUAAUGCUAGUAGACAUACAUCUAGAAGCCAUACAAGUUUAGUAUUACAAAGAGAUUCUAUAUCAAUAUAUUCAGAUACUAACGAUAAACAAGAAUGGUUGAAAAGACGACCUAUGUCACCUCUUGUUAGAAAAGUAACAAUUCCAAGAUCAGGUCUUGUUAUAAAAACCGAUUAUUAA